GAAACAACAACAAAAAAGCCAGCCCUAAAGUAAAAGUGACACAAGUUCUAUUUUUUUUUUAAAGGAAGGAGGGGGGUUGGCGGCGAAGGCGCGCGCCGAGGACAGGUGAGAGCUGCAGUGGGAGCGGCAGGGAGCUGUCCACGGUGCUGACGGGCCCUGGCGGGGCCGAGCGUGCACGCAGGAGCUCUGGGGCCAGGUGGGGCUGCUUGAUCCUGGGGCCGCGGCCGCUGUCCGCGGUGCUGAGACCUCCAGGUGCGCUCCGUUCUGCCUGCUGGUAACGCGGCCCGGGCCGGCUGCUAUCCGCCGUGCUGACCCCUGCCCUGGGCUACCGUUUGCCUGGAGGAAGCGUGCCGUUUGGAUUUUGCUUUUUCAAAAGACGAUCUUUAUUCAGAUUCUAUCAGCCUCGCGUUUCUUCAGUGCCAAAGGGGCCCUCGGGCCGUUCUUCUACCCUUUGGCUCUUCCCAACUUGGCGCGCCCUCCUCCCAUUCCUCCCUGACACUCCCACCACCACCACCCCACCCCCUCGGCUCGGCGGCUCGGCGCGGUGCUGCAGAAGACGCUUUGAGCCCUUUUGGAUGUGAUGCGCAGAGGAGGUUGGCCCAGAGCUCCCAGGCUCCCCCAAGGCUGAACUCCAUCCAAGGUGCCCACAGGCUCCCUGCCCGCCUUCCCCAUGCCAGCCCGCAGCUAGGGGCAGGGGCAGCGGCGGCUGGGGUUGGGGGUGGGUGGGGAGCUUUUGGGGAGGACAGGUCGCAGCUUGGCUAUGGAAGGCUCCAAUGGCUUUGGGAUUGACUCCAUUCUCUCCCACCGAGCGGGCAGCCCCGCCCUUCCCAAGGGGGACCCCUUGCUUGGGGACUGCCGUUCACCCCUGGAGCUGAGUCCACGCUCAGAGAGCAGCAGCGACUGCUCUUCACCAGCCUCGCCCGGAAGAGACUGUCUGGAGACCAGUACCUCGCGGCCUGGUGCAGCAUCUGGCCCAGGUUUGGACUCCCACCUGCAGCCGGGGCAGCUUUCAGCCCCAGCCCAGUCGCGAACUGUCACCUCCUCCUUUCUGAUCAGGGACAUCCUUGCUGACUGCAAACCUCUGGCGGCCUGUGCACCCUACUCUAGCAGUGGGCAGCCUGCAGCCCCUGAGCCUGGGGGCCGCCUUGCGGCCAAGGCCGGGGAGGACUUUCGAGACAAGCUGGACAAAAGUGUCAGCAGCGCUUCAUCGGACUCUGAGUACAAAGUGAAGGAGGAGGGCGACCGCGAAAUCUCCAGCUCUCGGGACAGUCCUCCCGUGCGCCUGAAAAAGCCACGCAAAGCACGCACCGCCUUCACCGACCAUCAGCUGGCGCAGCUGGAGCGUAGCUUCGAGCGGCAGAAAUACCUGAGUGUGCAAGACCGCAUGGAGCUGGCCGCCUCUCUGAACCUCACCGACACGCAGGUCAAGACCUGGUACCAGAACCGCAGGACUAAAUGGAAGCGACAGACCGCUGUGGGGCUGGAGCUGCUAGCGGAGGCAGGCAAUUAUUCGGCGCUCCAGAGAAUGUUCCCGUCGCCUUAUUUCUACCCGCAGAGUCUCGUUUCCAACCUGGACCCCGGCGCCGCACUCUAUCUGUACCGCGGACCCAGUGCGCCACCACCUGCCCUCCAGAGACCUCUGGUGCCCCGCAUCCUCAUCCACGGACUCCAGGGCGCCAGCGAGCCGCCCCCACCGCUGCCCCCGCUGCCCGGCGUCCUUCCGCGCGCUGCGCAGCCCCGGUGAAGCGCGCGCUUGCCCCAAGCCAUGCUCUGGGACCCACAGCUCAGCCUGGGCGCGGGUCCCUCCCUUCGUCCCGGGGCAGGGCUGCCCGGCUCCCCGCCGCAGCCCAGUGUCCCCGUGGGAAAGAAAUUCACUGAGGCUACCCCUCCCCUGCGUCCUCUCUUGGCUGCUCCAUCCAGGAACCACUCACACCCGCCGGAUGUACAUAUGCGCCCCUGCCCACCUCUCAGCCACCCCCAGGUCCCUGCCGGCUUCCCCAGGUGUCCCCUGUCCCCUCAGCAGCAGGUAGGGGACGCCGGUCUCCCAGACCUGGGCCCACCCUUCUUGCGCCUCUGCGGGACAGGGUGGGAGCGCUGUACGGAGUUUCCCUCCCAUUUCUUUUAUUCUCCCUGAGCCCCGGGCUAGCAGCGGAGCUGUACAUACAGUGUGCAAAGUGUAUAUGAAGUUAUUUAUUCGUGACCCAUGAGCCCGUGACCGUGUCCGUGAAUCAGUGAGUCUGUGGCCUGUGCCCUCCCCAUCCCGGGUGGGGCAGGAAGGGGCCGAGAGGGCUUGCCCACGCGUCCUGGCCCCCAGCCCCGCUCGCUCCACCCAGGUCCCAGGACAGCCAGAUCUCUUGGGUUCUCUUUUUUUAAAUGUGGAAAUAAACUUCUU